UGCCGAACCGUACAUCACCUCCGAGGUUAAAGACUGCUCUUGAGAACCGAGACCUAACAAAUUAUCUCGCGUGAUAAAGGUGAUUUACGGCUGAGUUUUCCGCCGGCGCACCGCGCGCUCGUGCGUCUUAGCGCACCGUCACGUGGGGGGAAAAAGGAGGAGGAGGUGGAGAACGGAGGGAGGGAGUGAUGGUGAGAUUGAAUGAGAGAGAUAGAGCGAAACUUGGACGAGCCAUCACAGCCUAACUUUUCCCAACAAUCAAGGAAGUGGACUACACGGCGUGUGCGUCUGUUAUCCACGAGUUUGCACCGGCAGAGGUGCUGCAGUGGGAGGCUGUGGCUGCAGAAGCAGACCGGGGUCCCUGCUUUAAAGGAUGGACCACCAAACAAGGACCACGUCUUGCUGGACAAUACUUUUUCUAUUCAUCCUACGUCCUUUAGCGACGAGUCAAACUGCUGAUCCCAUUGAUGUUCUGCGAGCGCUGGAGCUUUCAGAGAACAUGGAGGGGGUGUCCUUGGAGGCCGGCCUCUGCACCAGCAGGAGGGGCACUGAUGAGACGGACAUGGCUUACAACAUCAAAAAGAUCCAGCUCAGCGCACCCACUAAACAGCUAUUCCCCGAUUCCAGAUUUCCUGAGAAUUUCUCUCUGAUGACGACCGUUCGAGCUAAAAAGGGCUCCCAAGUUUUUGUGCUUUCGGUGUACAAUGACGAGGGGGUGCAGCAGCUGGGGCUAGAAGUGGGGCGGUCGCCUGUGUUCUUGUAUGAGGACCAGCAUGGGCAGCCAAGUCCAGAUUUAUACCCCAUCUUCAAGAGGAUCAGCCUGGCUGAUGGAAAAUGGCACAGGAUAGCCUACAGUGUGUUGGACAAGACUGUGACCCUUCACCUUGAUUGUGAAAGGGUAGAGUCUGUGGAUCUGCCGCGAGGGGACGGCGCUGUCGUCAGCACUGAUGGAGUGACUGUGUUUGGAACGCGGCUGCUGGAUGAAGAGGUUUUUGAGGGAGACAUUCAACAACUUCUCAUUGUGGAGGACCCCCAUGCUGCUGCCAACUACUGUGUGAACUAUAUGCCAGACUGUGACUCUGCUUUGCCAACCGUCAGCCAAGUUUCGAAACGGGCUGAGAAUGUCCGGCUUGAGCCUGAUGCCUUGAUGCAAAGUGACCACCCAGCUGAACUCAAGGAGGUGUCUGAAAGGGACAGGAAGGGCAAAAAGCACAAAAAGAAAAGGGGCAAGGGUUCCAAACGCAAAGGCAAGGGCAAGGGCAAAGGCAAAGGCAAAGGCAAGAAGGGGUCCAGAAAGAGAAAACACAAAGAGGAGGACUUGUCUGCAACAGUGCCGGAGUUUCAAUCUCAAGAAGCUUUUCAGCCCACGCAGCUUCCAGAAAUUAAGACCGUUGAGAUCAACCUUCCCACUGAAGCUUUUGACCAGACCAUCACUGAGGUGUCCAUAAACAAGCCCGAUUUCACAACUCAGGCCCCCACUGUGGUGCCCAGCACAGUGCCUGUCACAGAGGUUACUGAGGAGGAAAACACACUGCUAAAGGAGCCGGUGGUGGAGUAUGGAGAUGACCUUUACAAAGACCUGUAUGACGAUCUCUCAGUUUCCACAGUAACCGUGAGCCCAAAUGGGACUGAAUAUGAGCAGAUCAUUGAAUACGAAGAUUUCAGAAACGACACUGAGUUAGAGUAUGAAGAGUAUGAAAUAUUCGAGGAUGACUUUGACUUUGCAGAGCGUGAAAGAGCUGAGACUCUGAACGUAGAGGCAGCUCUCAGAGCAGAGAAAGGGCAAAAAGGAGAACAAGCUGUUAUUGAACCGGGAACUCUGAUGGUGGGACCCCCGGGCCUGCUGGGGCCAGAUGGUAUGCCUGGCCCAGCUGGACCUGUAGGCCCUGCAGGACCCAGAGGAGAGCCAGGUGAUAUGGGCCCUCCAGGACGUCCUGGCCUUGCUGGAGUUGAUGGGAUCCCAGGACCUCCGGGAACCCUGUUGAUGAUACCUUUUCGGUAUUCAGCAGGAGAUUCACAGAAUGGACCAGUGGUGUCUCCCCAAGAAGCACAAGCACAAGCUAUUCUGCAGCAGAGCAGGCUGUCACUUAAGGGACCUCCAGGUCCGCUGGGUCUUACAGGGCGACCAGGCCCAUUGGGUGUUCCAGGCCCAUCAGGGCUCAAAGGUGAUAGAGGAAACGACGGUCCCCCUGGACCUCGUGGGUUACCAGGCACCCCUGGAAUUCAUGGGAAGCCAGGGAAGAGGGGACAUGCAGGUGUGGAUGGGGGCCGUGGAGCUCCGGGGGAAGCUGGCUCUAAAGGUGACAGGGGAUUUGAUGGCCUGCCCGGUCUCCCAGGAGACAAGGGACACAGAGGGGACAGAGGAAAGCCUGGUCCUCCAGGGCCUGCUGGAGAGCCAGGAGAGAAAGGACCUCAAGGACCUCUGGGAUCAGGAGGGCAACCAGGCGAACCUGGCCCUAGAGGUCUUGUUGGACCAAGGGGUCCCCUCGGCCCUCCUGGGCAACCGGGAAUACGUGGAAUUGAUGGAGUACAAGGGUCAAAGGGCAACCUGGGUCCACCUGGAGAAAUAGGGCCUCCAGGUCAACAAGGCAGUCCUGGAGUGCAGGGCUUUCCUGGUGCCCAGGGUCCAAUCGGAUUGCCUGGGGAGAAGGGUCCACAGGGGAAACCAGGUAUACUGGGACUGCCAGGCAUUGAUGGCCCUCCUGGACACCCAGGAAGAGAAGGACCCCCAGGAGAAAAAGGUUUACAAGGUUUACCAGGCUCGCAGGGCCCUAUCGGGUACCCAGGCACUCGUGGAGUCAAGGGAGCAGAUGGAGUCAGGGGUCUGAAAGGGAGUAAAGGAGAGAAGGGAGAAGAUGGUUUCCCAGGGCUUAAGGGAGAGAUGGGCGUCAAGGGAGACAGGGGCGAUAAUGGAGCUCCUGGUCCACGUGGAGAAGAUGGACCUGAGGGGCCAAAGGGUCAAACAGGAUCUUUGGGAGAUCCAGGGGCUCCUGGAAUUGCUGGAGAGAAGGGUAAACUUGGGGUUCCUGGCUUGCCAGGAUAUCCAGGAAGACAAGGCGCUAAGGGAUCACUGGGUUUCCUGGGGGCACCCGGGGUCCUAGGAGAAAAGGGACGAAGGGGUCCACCUGGUCAGCCAGGUUCUGGGGGCCAAAGAGGUCCUAAUGGAGCUCGUGGGGGAAGAGGUGCAAGGGGACCUACUGGAAAGCCCGGUGAAAAGGGGUCAUCUGGCCAAGAUGGUCCCCCAGGAUCACCCGGAGAACAGGGUCCUCAAGGACCGCAGGGAAGAAAUGGUGAAACAGGACCCAAAGGGCCAAAUGGCCCCUCAGGAAAAGAUGGAUUGCCUGGUCAUCCGGGUCAGAGAGGAGAACCAGGGUUUCAAGGCAAAAAUGGACUUCCAGGCCCCCCAGGAGUUGUUGGACCACAAGGAAAAUCUGGUGAGACAGGGCCAACUGGAGACAGAGGGCAUCCAGGUUCCCCGGGUCCACCAGGUGAGCAAGGUUUACCAGGAACUGCUGGAAAGGAGGGUGCCAAGGGGGAUCCAGGCCCACCAGGAGCCUCAGGCAAAAAUGGCCCUCCAGGACUUAAAGGCUUCAGAGGGAGUAGAGGGACCCCUGGAGCAGUGGGUCCUGCAGGUCUGAAGGGAGGGGAGGGUCUGCCUGGUGUUGCAGGAGCUGCUGGGGCCACAGGAGAAAGAGGCCCUGCUGGUCCUGCUGGCGCUAUUGGCCAGCCAGGACGGCCUGGCAGCGUGGGUCCUGCUGGGCCGAUGGGAGAGAAAGGCGAGCCAGGAGAGAAAGGAACAACUGGGCUGGCUGGACGUGAUGGGGAGCCAGGACCUGCAGGACUGCCAGGGAUUGCUGGGCCUCAAGGGCCUCCAGGCGAGGAUGGAGACAAGGGAGAGACAGGAGGACCGGGCCAAAAGGGUAGCAAAGGAGACAAAGGAGAAUCUGGGCCUUCUGGACCUGUUGGCAUUCAAGGACCUGUGGGUCCACCAGGCCCAUCUGGUGCAGAUGGAGAUCCAGGUCCUCGAGGGCAACAGGGUCUGAAUGGACCAAAGGGAGAUGAAGGACCACGGGGUUUUAAGGGGGCAUCCGGUCCCUCUGGGCUACAGGGAAUGCCAGGACCACCAGGGGAGAAAGGAGAGAGUGGGCAUGUUGGCUCAAUGGGACCUCCAGGACUGCAUGGUCCACGUGGCCCCCAGGGACCCAUUGGUGGAGAGGGCCAGUCUGGAUUACCGGGAGGAGUUGGUCAACCUGGACUUGUUGGAGAGAAGGGCGAAGAUGGAGAAGCAGGAGACCCUGGGCCAGUUGGAGAGCCUGGAAUUCCUGGUGCCAAAGGCGAUGUGGGCGAGAAAGGUGACGCUGGACCUCCCGGUGCCGCUGGGCCUCCUGGACCCAGAGGAGCACCAGGGGAAGAUGGACCCAAAGGCAAUCUUGGACCUAUUGGCUUUCCUGGAGAUUUAGGUCCACCUGGAGAACCAGGCGUCAAUGGAGCUGAUGGUACUUCUGGUCCGAAGGGAGAUAGUGGAGAACCGGGCAAAGCGGGACCCACAGGAGCCUCCGGUGAACCUGGUCCACCUGGACCUCCUGGUCGGAGAGGUCAUGUUGGAGCUGCAGGAAAAGAGGGGAAGCAAGGCAUGAAAGGAGCCAAAGGUGGAUUGGGAAACCUGGGUCCAAUGGGAAAACCAGGACCAGUAGGAGCCCAAGGUCAUCCGGGGAGACCUGGUCCAGAGGGUCUCAGAGGGAUCCCUGGUCCUGCGGGGGAACAUGGGUUAAGUGGACCACCAGGACAGAUUGGACCACCUGGACCAAUAGGACCACCAGGACUUCCAGGAUUCAAAGGAGACCCUGGACUUGUAGGAGACAAAGGCCACGGGGGGUUGAUUGGCCUAAUUGGGCCCCCAGGAGAACCUGGUGAAAAAGGGGACAGAGGCCUUCCAGGAAUCCAGGGUUUACGAGGACUCAAAGGAGAUGAGGGUGUGGUUGGACCACAUGGCCCUACUGGCCCACCAGGACCACCUGGACUCUCUGGUGCAGCUGGAGAGAAAGGAUCAAAAGGAGAGCCAGGUGUCGUGGGUUCCAUAGGAGAUCCAGGCCUUGCUGGUCCCCCUGGACCUCCAGGGCCUCCUGCAACAAUGAUCGAGCCGCUUCCGUUUAGGGAAGGCAGGCGGAAGAGACGAAGGCAGGCUAGGAGAGCAGCAUCAGCCAAAGAAGACAAUGUGAACAAAGAAGAGCGACUGCAGGGAGAUCAGCCUCUGGAAGACGCUGAAGGAAUGGAAGAAGUCUUCGCCACCUUGUCUUCUAUGAAGAAUGAAGUGGAGUUGAUGAGAAGGCCUACUGGAACCUUUGAGAGUCCUGCCCGGACCUGCAAAGAACUUCUGAUGGUUCAGCCUCAUUUCAGAGAUGGAGACUACUGGAUAGAUCCCAACCAGGGUUGUCACAAAGACUCCCUCAGGGUCUUCUGUAACUUCACAGCUGGGGGAGAGACUUGUCUUUACCCUGACAAAAGGAUCGAAACGGUGAAACUAGCAGCAUGGAAUAAAGAGAAACCUGGGAGCUGGUACAGCCAAUACAGGAGAGGCAAACAGUUUUCCUACAGUGACAGAGAUGGAAACCCUGUGCAUGUAGUUCAGUUGACCUUCUUGAAGCUACUAAGUGCUACAGCCAAGCAGACUUUCACCUAUAACUGUCAGAACUCAGCGGGUUGGUUUGACAGCACCUCCAGCUCCUACCAGCAUGCCCUCCGCUUUAGAGGCAGCAACGAUGAGGAGCUGACACAGGCCAAAAGCCCCUUUAUCACAGCGGUACACGACGGAUGCCAGUUCCGGAGGAGUCAGGAAAGAACCGUUUUGGAGAUCGCUGCUCCCUCGGCAGAGUUGCUCCCCAUUAUAGACGUGGCUCCGGAAGACUUUGGCAAGAACACCCAAAAGUUUGGAUUCCAAGUCGGACAUGUAUGCUUCAACGGUUAGCUUUAAGGCAGCUACGAACACACGAGGAGACCUACACAGGAAGUUCUGAGUGCAAGAAACAGGACUUUAACCGCUUCUACCGCAAUAUUUAUUAUGUUGUGUUCCUGUAUGUGGUGGGUUUGUGGUUUAUUAUUUAAGACUCUUCAGGAGCUGUUAAAAAAUAGAUUUGGAUUUCCAGCAGUUAGAAGAAUAGAAAAGGGAGAAGAUAUGCAAGCUGUGGGAACAAAGCACCUUUACCGAGGGGAAUUAUUACAUAGAUAUAUCAGUUGUGUGUUUGUUACUGUUAUAUUAUCUCACUUUUCAAGUGAGUUAUGAUUUGCAGUCAAGACUUUUGAGGACUACACUGAUGACGACUGUCCAAUAACUGUGUCACCACUGUUGAUUUUAAGCAGGAAGUUGCAGAUUGUGAACUGAAGACUUUUUCUUUUAGGAACAUUGAGACUAAGUCAAUCAUCAUCAUACUCAUUUGCAUGCUUAGAUCUCACCAUUAUGACAAUUGCAUAGCAGCUGUGACUACUCUGGCAUGUUAAUGCCACACAAGCACGAUGAUUCAUGUGUGUGAGAAUGGUAAAUUAUCCUUUUUUUACCCUUCAGCUGCAGUUUGCUGUGUGAAUUGACUUGCUUGGUAUUCAUUAGGUGUAUCUAGUUAUUGAGUCCAACACUUACUUGAAAGAAUAUGGUGGUUUCCUCUAUUGGACUGCUUUGCUCCAUGUGCUUUGAUAAAAAGCUUUUUGAGCCCUCCAUGUUUCCACAAGUCACAGAGCAGACUGUUUCUUUUCUUACUUUCUAGGACAAUCUGCAACAAGCAAAGCCUUAUGGUGCAUCAAGGUAAAUUAAAAGUGUACACAGUUAUUGCAUCUCUUGAGAGCAUUUUAUUAUUGCAGAAUUUCCUUUUUUAUGCUUAAUUUUUUACCCACCCAAAUUGAAACUGUUCUUAAUCUGGAGUGAUUUCCUUUUCCAUAGAUAAUUCUGUUGUUUUUUUUAAUGCUUUUAUCGGUGAGAUUACCAGAGAGAAAGAGAGGGGAAGAAUAUUGCUCUUUCAGCAGCAUCAAAUACCCCCAGAGGCUGGAGACUUGUUACCUGGUUUCUAUUUUUUUUGUACACCUUCUGGCUGAUUGUGCUCUUUUCACACAGCCUAAUAAAGGACGGCUGACAAUGGUUACCGGCAGCAUGACGUAUUGCUUUCAAGUGAAAAUCCUGCCUUAAACCAAUUUCAGAUUUUGCUGUGUCAAAGAUUUGCAAACGUAAACUUGCAUCUCUCUAAAGCAAAAUUUGUCAUGAAAACAGAUUAAACGAGAAGGUUUUUAGAGACACCUAACACACUUCAAAUGAUUUUUAUUUGCUUUUAAAUCAAGUUAUUGGUUGACCCGUUUAAGCAUAACGCCCCUAAAAGUCUUGGGUUUCCAGUUGUGCUAAAAAUGACCGUUUUAUGCCUGAAUUUCCCUUUAAGCAAAUUGGUGCUCUAACUACCUCCUCUAAGACUAAAUAUGAUGUUUACUGUGUGUAUCUAGGCUCUAUUGGUCCAUGUUUCAUAUAUGUUUUGUAGCAUUUAUGCAACACAGUGUAUCCCUCCCCAUCUGCCUUCUCAUCAAUCAUCACCACUCCUGUGUAUAGUGUUGAUCUAAGUUUACAUACUGUACAGUUAUAUUAAGGACUUUGUAAACAAUUUCCUGUUUUUUCUGAAUGAAAAAUCUAAACAAAACAAAA